CACCUCUCUUUCAGGCAAACGAAGGGCGCACUACAUCCGGGUAACCGCUGGGGUCCUGACAGCGCGGAAAAAAGCAUUAGCUAUAAUCUGAGCAACAUGUCUGGAAGAGAAGGAGGUAAAAAGAAACCCCUCAAGGCUCCCAAGAAGCAGUCAAAGGAGGUGGAUGAUGAGGACAUGGCUUUCAAACAGAAGCAGAAAGAGGAGCAGAAAGCAUUGGAACAAUUGAAAGCCAAGGCUGCUGGAAAAGGACCUUUAACUGGAGGUGGAAUCAAGAAGUCCGGGAAGAAAUGAGUGUGAUUUAGUGUAUAUUUGCUUGCUGUUCAAAUCACCAACUUAUGAUUUGGGUCCACAAUGGCAAUGUCAAAUGAUUUUUUUUUAGUUACUUUAUAUUUCUCUUGUAAAGAAAAAGUUAAAGGAAUAAAGUUUGUAAUGACUGUAAAUUAAAAUUUCAGAUUUUAAUGUCUUUGAUUGUGAAACAUAUUCAUAUGACAUUCAAAGUUCAUGACAGAUCAAAUGUACAAUAUCCAAACAUUUCAAGUUUAACUUCUCAUGUAAACAACUCUUAUCCAUCUUUAUAUUCAGAUCUCCAGUCACACUUUUCAUGCCUCCACAUUUUCCAUCCUCUUUGUUUAACCUAAACAAAAAUGUCAUGUGUGACUGUUUCUUUUCAUCCUGUGGUUUAGUUAAUUUGCUGGUGCUGGUGUGUUUUGUUUAUGUUUAAGCUGCUUAUGUUUAUUCUUCAGUUCCACCUCUACUGGAUAGUGGUCACUCACUUUCAGUGUCUGUAAAGACAUUAAAUCUGUUUUAGUAACAUACGAAACAGUCCUCAAAAAAUAAAAAAAACUAAGUUAAAUGUACAGUAACUCAUGUCUUUAUGAUAAGUGUGAUUAAUGUCGAAAACCCAGUAAUGGGUCUGGAAUUACGUAAUUAUGAGCAUCCUUUAAUAUUUUAAAGUCCUGAUGAAACAUUUACGGUCUUAUCAUUACAAAGCUUAGACUUUACACACAAAACCUUUGUUUUAAAAUGUAUUUUACAUAUAGCAGCAUUUGAAUGUUUACUGCAACUAAAAAGUAUGUAUGACCGAAUGAACAUUGGCAAACCACAUAUAUUAAACAAAAGCUUUCAUUCUCAA